AUGCCAAAAAUUGAUAUAGAUUGUACCUGUUUAGAUUUAUUUGAAGAGCAUAACAAGAGUUAUUAUUUUAAUGAUUGCGCUAUAUUAAAAAAAUGUAUAAAGAAUGGCAUUUUAAAAAAAUGUGAUAGUGUUUGUAUAUAUGGUAAAGAAAAUUGUGGAAAGACUUUAUUAUUAACAGAAAUAUUAGCUGACCUUACAGCUGUAAAAGAAUUGAAAGGAAUGAAUUGUAAAGUUGUAUAUUUAGAUUGUGAUUUAUCAUUUAAUUAUAAGAAUUAUGAAAAUAUUAUAAAUAAAAAAUUUGAUAAACAUAUUAUAAAAAAUAAUAAUAUAUGUACAUAUAAUGAUUUAAAAAAAAUAUAUGUAGAUAAUUCCUUUUCUAAUAUAUAUUAUAUUCAAAUAUUAAAUCCAGGACAUUUAAUAGUUGUCCUUAAUACGUUAAAAAAUUUAUUAGAAGAGAAAAAUAUAUUUAUUGAAGCAUUAUUUAUAGAUUCUUUGUCUUUUUGGAAUUUUUGUAAAUAUGAUAAAAUAAAUUUCUUUUCUGAUAAUAAUUAUGUAAAAAGGAAAACCUCAGAUUUAUUGGAUUAUGCAUUUACACUUAUUUUAAAUUUAAAGAAAACAUAUCGAUUUCUAUUUUUCUAUACCAAAUUAUCAACUGAAGAUAAAUUUAUGGAAUAUACAAUAAAUUUGUCUAUUAACGAAGAAACAAAAAAACAAAUACAACAUAAUAAUGAAAUUUCAGAUAAUUCUGAUAAUUUCAAUUUAGUAAAUAAUAAUUUUAAUUCAUUAAAACAAAUAUUUUUAAUUCCACAGAAUUUUAAUGAUAUAUUAAAAACACAUAUUUUUAGGAAAAAAGAUUUUCUAACAAAUAACUUUUUAAUAGAAAAACCUUUCCUUAUUUUCUUAAUACCAAAUGAGAAAAAUGAAUUCACACAUAUAAAUAAAAAAAAUGAUAUAAACAGUAUCAAUUUUUUAUUAUGCUUAUCAUCAGAAAUGAAAAAUAUUAACAGAACACACUAUUCGAAGUUCUUUUUUAUGAUACAAAAUGCCAACACAAUUAUACCUUUAUAA